CUUCCGAAUCGGUCACACAAAGAUCAUCUCGAACACCUACUCCGACACCGGAAGUAAAGCAGCGCAGCAACAGCAAAGAAAUCAACCCAGAAAGAGGAAAGAAGAUCAUCUCGAUCAUCUCUGCGCAUACAUGGGGAACUGCGCCGUGACGCAGCACGCCGUGUCGUGGGCCGACGACGGCGAGUGGGAGCUGCCGGAGUCGGGGGAGGAAGGCACCGCGCCGCCGAGGAGCGGGGCUCACAUGACGGAGGUGACCAUCAGGAUCACCAAGCGGCAGCUGCAGGAGCUGGUGGACAAGAGGGCGGCCGCCGCCGGCGGCGGCCACGGCUACCACGUCUACCGGAAGAGCCGGCGGUCGGCCGCGGAGCUUCUGGCGGACAUCAUGAACGCCGGCGAGGUCUACCACCAGCACUACAGGGUGGCGCACUGGAAGCCCGCGCUGCAGAGCAUCCCGGAGGCCGCCAUGGAGUCAUGACACGUCCUGCAGUGGCGUGGCCAACUUCGUUUGCUUUUCUCUGGCUGCAUCCUUGCAGCUUCGUUCGAUGGAACACAGCUUUUUUGUGACCUAUGGGUGUUGUUGUUCUCUCCUAGCUCAGAUUCCACGAACGAUGUAAAUUAGUAGGAUGAUUAAGUGAUGACAGAUACAACGGUGUAAAGAAGAUGAUCUGUCGUCCACAAUCCAUUACUGAGACAUGGAAAAUGGAGAAUUAAUUCAUGUGAAAAUGCAUGAUGAUCAUGGGAGCAAUUAAGUGCCCUUCGUGCAUUGCUA